AUGCACCAGCUGUUCAGUCGGGUGCUCGGCCAGAGGGAUCUUUCCCGAGCCGGGGAUCUCUUCUCUCUGGAAGACGCAGAGAUUGAAGACUGUCUGUCACAAGCUCUGGACCAGAUCAAGACAAUAUCCUGCUCACCGGACUAUCUGACCAAUGACAACGAUCAGGCGGUGGUAGAGAUUUGCAUAACACGCAUCACCACGGCCAUAAGGGAGACGAGCUCCAUCGAGCGACACAGCGUGGCGCUGGUGGGGCUCUGGGAGUCGUGUCUGGAACAUAACCUCACGCCCCAAGGUGAAAACACAGAGGACACGCCGCACGCCAAGAUUGCCUCUGACAUCACCAGCUGUAUCCUGCAGAACUACAGCUGUCCCUCGGUCAUGGUGCUGGCCGUGCCGGUGGCGGUGCGGUUCCUCCAGAGAGGGAACAGGGAGCUCAGCAGGAACAUGUCCAGUUAUCUCUCGCUGGCUGCUAUAGCCAAGGCUGAUCUGUUGGCUGAGCACACAGAGGCCAUUACGCUCAGCGUGCUGGGAGGUAACCACAUGCUGUUGCGGGUGUUGCCGUCAGUUUACCCCCGACAACCAGAUACCAUCCACUGUCACCUCGGCGACCUCACUGCAAUGAUGACGCAGCUGGAGUCUCCAGAGCAACAGCACCUGAUCAGACUCAUUCAGAUGGUCGCAGAGCAACAUCCACUUAUGUUAAGCCCUCAGGUGCCUUUGUUGGUCGGUUACCUCGAUGACAAGUCUCUGACUGAGUCGCUACUGGGCGUGCUGGUAGACGUGUCUCAGGCCAGCCCUUCUUCGCUGGUCAGCUUCCUGCCCGUGCUGAGGACUGUUGGACAGCGGUGCCCGGCUCUCCUGGGUCACGUGGCCAAAACCCACGGCGCCGUCGGCAUCAUCAGUGAGACUCAUGCUCACAGCUCGUUUGUCUACCUCGUGUCCCUGCUGGGCAGCAUGGAGCACAGCUUCCACCACACCCUGCUGCUGGAGAUCAGAGCUCUGACUGACCGUCACCCCUCUUUACUGGGAGGCUGCGGGAAAGACAUCUACAGGAUGAGCAACUCCUUCACCGCCAUAGCCAGACUCUUGGGGAGGCGGCUGGAGGAGAGCUUAAUUCUAAAUUGUAAGUGCGAGGUGGACGAAGCGUGUCCGCCAUCUCCCUGUGCGUCGGUUCCAGGAGGAGGAGGAGGAGGUGGGGGAGGACGGGGGGCAGAACAGCAGCUUCAGGUGAAGAUCCAGGCCUUCGAGGAGAGGAUGGGGGAAGCCAGGGCAGAGGAGGAGCUGGAGGAGGACUCUCCUGCCUCCCUGCGACGCUACAGCCUGAGCCAAGCCGUCAGGGAGGAGAGACGAGAGAUGAGGUUCAACAGGUCAAAGAGCUUGGCCCUCCACGCUGUGCACUCACGCUCCAUCAACCCAGACGCCGGGGUCGACGGCGAUGGAGCGGAGAUAAGUCCGGACAACAUCUCUCCCAAUACUUUGACUAAUCCGCAAACAGGAAACCAGGAGGCACCACCUACCGACAGGAAGCGGACCGCUGAAGGCUCCGUGCCCGUCCCCCCUGCGGUGGAGAGAGGGGUCCGAGAGGCAGGGAAAGGUGAAGGCAGAGAGGAGGAUGGAGAGAUGAAGGAGCAGGACGAAGCUGACAGACUCUUCGUCCAUUUAAGAGACAACAUGGAGACGAUCAGAGCGUUCUGUAGAGACGUGGUGCGGCAGGUCCCAGCACCAGAGCAGUGUGUGAUAGAAGAUUCAAAUCGAGGCUGUGUGGCCAAGCUGUCGUUCUCCUGUCCUCUGAAGGGCCACUACUGCCUGUACGCCAAGUCCUGUUUCAACCUGACCAGCCGAAUGCCGCAUCUCUGGAUCCGCAUGAUGCUGCUGCAUCUACAGAGUAAGUCCAGUGUCCCUCUGUCCUCCAGGGACGAGUGCGUCCAGAGACUGGCUUCACUUUGGGAGAAGACACAGCUGAAGGGGGCUCACAGUUUCCCCAUGGCUAUGACACAGCACAGCACCCUGCACAGGAAGGACCUGGACAGUCUUCAGAUCCAGCUGGGUGAGGUGCGAUUCUUCGACCUGUUCGGAUACAGUGAGGAGGAAGGAGGCUGGCUCUGCUUCAUGUGUAACAACCCUGAGAAGGCCACAGUGGUGAACCAGGAGGGACAGCCUCUGAUCGAGGGGAAGCUGAAGGAGAAGCAGGUCCGCUGGAAGUUCAUCAAGCGCUGGAAAACCCGCUACUUCACCCUGGCAGGAAACCAGCUCCUCUUCCGCAGAGGCAAAUCAAAGGAUGAGCUGGAGGAUAUUCCUAUUGAGUUGAGCAAGGUGCAAAGUGUCAAGGUUGUGGCCAAGAAGCGUCGGGAUCGGGGUCUGCCUCUGGCCUUUGAGAUCUUCACCGACAGCAAGACGUAUGUGCUCAAAGCUCAGGAUGAGAAGCACACAGAGGAGUGGCUGCAGUGCAUCAACGUGGCCGUGGCUCAGGCCAGAGAGAGGGAGAACAGAGAGGCCACCACCUACCUGUGAGGCCGACACACAGACAGACACAACGUCAAAUGCAGUCAAACAUCACUGGGGAGUGUGUUUCUCUAGCGGUUUGGCAUUUUUUUAAGCACUUAUAAACAACAAACAGAACUGUCUCUGAGGAGGGAAACACAACACAACACACAACAUAUACAUAUAUAUAAAUAUAUACUGCUAGAAGCACUUCAGUAGCACCAUAAAUUCAUAUGUGUAA